AUGUGCCAGUUGCGCUUUUGGGCGCUCUGGCUUCUGACGUUUGCACCCUUAUGGAUGCUCGUUCAGGUGGCUCCCCUUCCGGAGUGGGCCUGGCGCCCAGUCCCACUGACCUCCAACCACCCGGAGCUGACUGAGCCUUGGUCUUCACGUUCCUCUGAACUGCAAUCCAGAUCACCCCAUGCAUUUACACCCCCGGCAGCCCCAGGGAGCUUUGAUUACCUGGGAUCCUCUGCUGCCUUCCAGGUGUUGGUCCGGUCUCGGGAAGUAGCCAAGAAGCUGAUUCCAUUGCUGGGCAGGCAUUCAGCUCAAGAGCUGCCCCCAGAGCCGGAUCAGUUUGCUGUUCUGCAUCAAGAUCUGCGUGAAAAGCUAGCUCGGCCACAAAGGCUCCCAGACGAGGUUCCAGUGCAAGAAUUGCAACAGAAUCAGGCCCUGGUUCUUCCUCUUGGACUGAAAAGUAAGAUUCAAACCGUAGAUAGUGAGAGUUCAAAAGAAACAAAGUUUGUUGUUUCACCCCUGAAGAAAGAUCUAACUCUGCAUCCACGGCUUCCAAAGAUUCUUGGAAUUCCACACCCAUUUAGAUCAAAACCUAAGCAUCAGAGACAAAUCUUGGAGAACUUUAAUGGAUUUUUGAGUAUGGAUAUGGUUCAUCCUGAAUUUCCUCUAGAAAUCCAGAAGGACCCAGAUGAGCGUCUAGAGGCCCCUGAGCCAGCUGAAACUAAUCAAUUACAGCAAGAGGCCCUAUCUCAAAACCUGGAGCCUCCUGAAGAGAUCCAAUUCUCUCCACCCCAGCAAGACCCAGCUCAGCCUCCACAGCCCCCUGAGGAGGAAGAACCUUCUUCAACUCAAAAGGAGGCCCUUGAGCAGGUUGAAACUUCUUUAACCCAGCAGGAGGCCCUAGCUCAGCCUCCACGCUACCCUGAGGACAUAGAACCUUUCAGUCUGGCACUUACCAUAACUCCAGAACCCCCUAUGAAGGCUGAACAUUCUACAGCUCUUAAGAAGACUACAGCUCCACAUCCACACCAGGACCAGACUCAGCAUCCAAAGUUGACACAAGUCACAGUUCAGCCUUUGGACCUGGAACUUACCAUAGCUACAGAACCUACUGCAGAGCUGAAACCUUCUCCCACCAGGCAGAGGACCCCAACUCAGCCUCCAGAACCACCUAAGGAGGUUGCAGCUCAAUCUCCAGUGUAUCAAGAGGUGACAGUUUCAAAACCAGGUCAGGGUCAAGCUCAACCACCAGUGUCGCCCAGUGUUGCAGUUUGGCCUUUAGACCUGCAGCUUACUGUAACUUCAGUAUCUACUACAGAGGCAGAACAUUCUACAGCCCUGAAGAAGACUACAGCUCCACAUCCACAGCAGGUGCAGACUCACCAUCUGAACCUGACUCCAGUCACAGCUCAACCUUUCAAUCUUGCACUUAUCGUAACUCCAGAACCCACUAUGGUGGCGGAACAUUCUACAGCACUGAAGAAGACUAUAGCUCCACAUCCACACCAGGACCAGACUCAGCAUCCAAAGUUGACGCAAGUCACAGUUCAGCCAUUGGACCUGGAACUUACCAUAGCUACAGAACCUACUACAGAGCUGAAACCUUCUCCCACCAUGCAGAGAACCCCAACUCAGCCUCCAGAAUCAUCUAAGGAGGUUGUAGCUCAACCUCCAGUGUAUCAAGAGGUGACAGUUUCAAGACCAGGUCAGUAUCAAGCUCAGCCACGAAUGUCGCCCGGUGUUACAGUUCGGCCUUUAGACCUGGAGCUUACUGUAACUUUAGUAUCUACUACAGAGGCAGAACAUUCUACAGCCCCGAAGAAGACUACAGCUCCACAUCCACACCAGGACCAGACUCAGCAUCCAAAGUUGACGCAAGUCACAGUUCAGCCAUUGGACCUGAAACUUACCAUAACUACAGAACCUACCACAGAGCUGAAACCUUCUCCCACCAUGCAAAGAACCCGAACUCAGCCUCCAGAACUACCUAAGGAGGUUGUAGCUCAACCUCCAGUGUAUCAAGAGGUGACAGUUUCAAAACCAGGUCAGGAUCAAGCUCAGCCACGAACGUCGCCCGGUGUUGCAGUUUGGCCUUUAGACCUGCAGCUUACUGUAACUUCAGUAUCUACUACAGAGGCAGAACAUCAUUCAGCAAUAAAGAAGACUACAGCUCCACUUCCACAGCAGGUGCAGACUCAAAAUCUUCGUUGCAACUUAAUCAGUGAAGUGAGCUUCGGAACAUUUCAGGCAUGGCACGGGUUUCAGUUUUUAAAUGAGCUGUAAGUGAAAUAGAAGAUACAAAUGUAAAA